AUGGUGGCUGCUGUACUGGUGGUUGUUGCACUAGUGGCUGCUGUUCUCCAAUUAAUUUUACAAGAUUCUCUUUCUCCGAUCAAGAUUUAUGAAUCCCCUUUUAAUUUCCUUCAAGAAAAGCAUGCUCAUGAUCCUUGGAGGUUUUUGGUUAUUUGCGUUCUUCUAAAUUGCACCACUGGUAUGCAGGUUAGGAGAGUGAUAGAAGACUUUUUCACUAUAUGUCCAAAUGCAGUGGUUGCUACAGAGGUUGCUCUAGAAGAUAUUGAAAAGUUGAUACGUCCUUUAGGAUUAUAUAUGAAGAGGUCACUAUAUAUUCCACGGCUCUCUCAAGAAUAUCUUGGAAAAAGUUGGACUCAUGUCACACAGCUGCAUGGUAUUGGCAAGUAUGCAGCUGAUGCAUAUGCAAUAUUUUGUAUAGGAAAGUGGGAUCAAGUACAGCCGAGUGAUCAUAUACUAAAUAAAUACUGGGAUUUCCUACAUGGACUUCGUGUAAUUGGCUUAGCCUGA